CUCAGUUGUCGAUCAGUACAGUUACCGGUUGCAUGGUGGUGACGACAACCUUGGAAAAAUGUCAGUUCAUGUAAUGCUGUCGACAGUGUCGUUUAGAAAAGAAAAGGGUACAGUGUUCCGGAGUACCUGAGCGAGCCCACUCCCAUUGCCUCUCUACUCUAAACUACUCGGUUGCUGUGUCCGUGGCCGUUCGUUGGACAGCGAGCGUCCAUUGUCUUGAGAAAGGUUUACAGCAGCAGUCGUACGUGUUGUGUGUAGCGUCGAAUCCGCUCCGUUCGUUCUUCGGCACCAACCCAGUUUGUUAGGUGACGGGGCGAGAGUUGUCGCUGAAGCUGUGACUGUGAGCAUUGGAGAGAGUUCUAAGAUCGGCGGACUGAGAAACGAACGGGGCAAGAGGAGCCCGGGUGCGACUCCCACACGCCUAGUUAGCUAUUCCCUGCGCCGAAGACCCGCAGAGUGCAAACCUCCAACAUCAAGAUGUUGAUGUCACGGUCAAAGCCGGACCCGAGUGCCAACGGUGGCGCCGGAGGCACUGAGAGGAAAGUCAACAAGGCGGGGAAGAAGAAGCAGAAAUCCUUCCCCAAACUGAUGGACUUCAUUGAAGGACGGGACUAUACUGGAGCUGUGACGUUGCUGGAGUUUCAGAAGAGCCUGAACCGCUCGGCUCCUGACCAGGAUCUAUGGCUUGCUUAUGCAUACUUCCACCUGACUGACUACGCCAAAGCACUGAAGAUAUAUGAAGAUCUUCUGGCCGUCGAUGCGGAGAAGUACAACAAUGUCUACGUGAACAUAGCCGCCUGCCAGUUCUUCCUCGGGAACUUUGCCAAGGCCGAGGAAGCAGGAAAGAAAGCACCUGAUUCCCCUCUCAAGUUCCGCACCUUGUUUCACAUCGCUGGAAAGACGAGUGAGGAAGCUACCAAGGAGUACCAUCAGCGACUUAGAGAUGUUGUUGAGGAUCAGCUAAGCCUGGCGGCCAUUCACUACCUGCGUGGACAUCACCAGGAAGCCAUUGAUAUCUACAAGAAGCUCCUGCUACAGAAAGCUCGAGACUACUGGGCAUUGCAUGUGUACGUUGCUCUCUGCUACUACAAACUGGACUACUAUGACGUCGCGGCGCAAGUCUUGAGCCAAUACCUCAGUGUCUAUCCGGACAGUGCAACGGCCAUCAACUUGAAGGCAUGCACGUUCUGCAGACUGUACAACGGAAAGGCAGGAGAGGCUGAACUGCGUGUACUCGACGAGCAGGCAUCGUCCAGCUUCAAGUAUGCCCAGGACCUCGUCAAACACAAUCUGGUGGUGUUCCGCGGUGGAGAGGGGGCUCUGCAGGUACUGCCACCUCUGAUUGACAUCAUCCCGGAAGCAAGACUCAACUUGGUGAUUUACCAUCUGAAAAAUGACAACUACCAGCAAGCGUAUGAUCUGAUCAAAGAUGUGGAGGCUGGUACCCCGUCGGAGUAUGUACUGAAAGGGGUGGCCAAUGCGGCGUUGGGACAAGAGAUCGGAUCUAGAGAAUUGUCUCGCACAGCCCAGCAAUACUUUCAACUGGUUGGCGGCUCUGCCAGCGAAUGUGAUACUAUUCCCGGAAGACAGUGCAUGGCGUCCUGUUUCUUCUUGAUGAACCAGUUCCCCGAUGUCCUCGUCUACCUCACCUCCGUCAAGACGUACAUCUACACUGACGACUCGUUCAACUUCAACUUUGGCCAAGCCAAGGCUCAGCUUGGCCAGUACAAGGAGGCAGAAGAGUACUUGAUGGCCAUUCAGGCCGAGAGGAUCAAGUCAGACUACGUCUACACAAGCUGGCUGGCCAGAUGUCAUAUCAUGAACCAGAAGCCCAGCAUGGCCUGGGAUCUGUACAUGAAGAUGGACACGUCGCAGGAGUCAUUCAGUCUGCUCACACUCAUUGCCACCGACUGUUACCGGACCGGCCAGUUCUACUACUCGGCGAAGGCAUUUGACGUCCUGGAUCGCAUUGACGGCACGUCCGAGUACUGGGAGGGCAAGAGAGGUGCAUGCAUCGGCGUAUUCCAGAUGAUCAUUGCUCAGCGAGAGUCAAGGGACACUCUGAAGGAAGUGAUUCGCAUGCUGCGCCAGACCAACAACCAGCAGGUCGAGUACAUUGUGCGCAUCAUGAUCCGCUGGGCCAAGGCCAACGUAGUCCCGCUCGACGACGCCGAAUGAGACCGCGUUCGCCGUGACGACGAGGCAAGCACGCCGUCGGCGUUUGCCGACAGCCCCGUUGACCAUGUACUGAGCAUCACCAACCAUAACAAUCCCAUUGACCAUCCACUCAUCAUGUCCAAUCACAACGAUCCCAUUGAUUAUCCGCUGAGCAUGACCAAACCCUACGAUUCCAUUGACCAUCUGCUGAACACACCCGGUCAAAAGGACCACAACGACCGCAACGUCAAAGCCAGGCGCUGCCAUCGCGCACACAGGAAUCGUGAGCACCUCUUGAAGAAGAAGAAGAUUGCUGACGCUGUGAGGGAUCAGCCGUCGGCAUUUCUCAGCGAAGCCGAAUAGAACAGUAAUAUACAGUACUUCGCUCUGGUCCUCAUUCUUAUUGGAAUCGACUUUGUUAUGUCAAAAUCUUGAAGGACGCUUCACGCAGCUUCAUUGCACUUGAAUAGUUUGCAGGCAACCUGCCUACACUCAAGAGAGCUCUGCAUUUCACGCAGUGUGUGUGUGAAAUGCAGUGGUGACUCUCUUGAGUGUAAGCAGGUUGCCUGCAAACUAUUCAAGAACUUUAUUACUACUAUUUUUUACAAUGGAUAUCAUACUCAUAGUUUCUGUGGAAAGGUUUUAGUGAAAUCAAUGCCUGUAGGUGCUAUCGAGGCAGUUUAGUUGACGUAAAACCAUACACAUGCUGUCUGCUCAUACUUCACUUCAGCACGCAGUCCCGUUUGUCAGUAGCCGCUAGGCCGACCAUUCUAAAUUUCAACCUAGCGGCCGUAUAUAUGUUCCUUUCUUGAACUGUGUGUCAUUUAUGUAACUAACACUUGGGACGUUCUUGAUUCGGGUACCGAACAGUCACAUUCUGUAAUUCUUAAUUCCGGGUGCGCACUUACAAUAGAUUUCAGCCUGCAUUGGUCCAUACUGUAAACUGCCUAUUAUUCGCGACGGAUUAAUGUUCGCUAUUUUCGCGAGAAGAGCGUAACGCGAAUAUUAACCAGCGUGACAUCAA